GAAGAAGUCCCUGCUCUGCUUCACUGCAUAUGAGUCUAUGACUCCUUCCACAGACAAAAACUGAACAACUUAAACAACGUUAGAACUCCGAAUCGACAAUCAUGAGUGGUCUAAGCAAGCAUGGCGCUGCCCUCACCAUAAUCUUCGUCCUCUCAUUAGUGGCUCUCUUUGCCCAGCUCUUUUACUUUCUAUGGCGCCGCCGCGUCUUCCAACCUCAAACUCCACCCCAGGCAGCUACUACCACAGCCCCCACCAACUCCCACACAUUCUCCGACCCGUCCACUAACUUUGCCUCCUCAUUGUCUUCCUCUUCCAAAGAGCUCCUCUGCUUCCUCUGUCUCAGCAGCUCGCGAGUCGAACCCACCUCGACUCCACCGAGUCUGAACUCAACCGCCCAGGGGGAGGAUGACAUGGAGGUGAUCGACAUUUUCAAACUCCGGAACCUGUACGGACCCUCGAGGGUUCUCUUUACCAUUAAAGAAGAAGACAGCGAGAACGAUGUGGAGCCUGAAAAGUCUGCAGUGUGCUCGUCAGCCACCACGAAGCCUAAUACUACCGCUAAGCGGGUGAGCUUAGAGGAGUGUUUUAAUGCGGCCGAUGAUGGGUCCAUCGGCGAGGAGGCGGAGGCAGUAGUGGCACUGGCAAUAGGAGGUGACCGUAUCAACAAUGCUGGUGAUCAAAGUGGGGUGAUGACGCCCAUUUCAACGCCUUGUGAAUCACCUUUGUAUUUUACUCCGUCGGCAUCACCGGUUGGCGGGGGAGCUGGUCAGAUGCUAGAUAAGUCAUACGUGUCCCGAUAGGCACGCUCUUAGUUGUGUAUAAGCGGCGACGUCUAUCUGUUUAAGCGGGUACGUACGAGUUUAAGCGGGGAAGGGAAUUUUCCGGCUUCUUCUGCCCAGGACAAGUUUUGGGCUUUGGAGGCUGGAGCCAAGCCUGAGAAUUGUUCUUAGUGGCCGGGCCCAAAUUUUGUAACAACCACAAGUGUUAUUGGCUUGUAUAGUGGAUUAUAGCCCAGUGACCUACGUGCCCCGCUAGCAAGUUUUGGAUGGCAAAGUCCACUUCAAUUAGACCUCAUGUUCGUUUGCCGUAACGUACAGUUGUCAAAAAAAUUUGUAUUUUCAUAUGUUUUCUUUACUACGAGCAGAGAA